AAUCAAUUUUGAGAAAGAAAGAAGCUUGGGAUUUGCUUACGAAUGAGUUCAAUUCAAAUUCGAAUGUCUACAAGCGUGAGACGGUUACAUUAAGGAGGGCGUGGAAAAAUAUGAAGGCAGUCGCACGAAAGGCUCGGGCAGUAGAAAGGGGUAAUUUAUUUCGAACGGGCGGUGGGCCACCGGUGCCAUCAACAUCACGGCAAGUAGAAGCAAUAGUGGACAUGGUGGAAGAGGCUGCUCCCGCAAUGAUUUGCGAAAUCUCCAACAACUUUGACAGCGAUGGGGCAAUUUUGCUAAACAUGGAAAAUAGCCAAUCUAGCUCCAUUGAGUUUUUAGAUAUGAUCACGGAAGCAAAUGAGGAAUCCGACGUAAACUUCAAAGCCAUAAGCAUAAAUUAUGAAGGUGAACCAAAUGUUGCAGUACACAGUAAUGAAACUGGCCACCAACAAAAAGUGGAAAAGGAGCAAGUACGCAGACCAAGCGACUACGUUCGGCGGGAGGCAGCAUUACGGGUAAGGUACCUAGAGAAGAGAGAGAAGCUUAAGCUUGAAUUAGUCAAAACACAGUUGGAAGUUGAGCAAAUAAAAAAAAGAGCAGCCUUGUUGGAAGAGCAAAAAAACCAAGUAUUACUACAAAAGGCUAAAAUAGAUUUUGAAGAGGCAAAAAAAAAAUCGUUCAAUAAAUUAAAGACAUAGUUAAUAUUUCAACAUCUAAAGACUUUUAUUUGUAGCAAAAGAUCUUAGGAAAAAAAUCUGUCUACCAGAGAUUGACGCGCAAUAAAACCGUUGCUGUUGGAGUUUUCAUUGAUU